UUUUUAUUUUGAUGCCCACCUGAGUCCCUGGAAGGAUGGGCCUGUCCUCUGUGGGGACAGUGGGGGUGUUUGGGGAGGAGGAUGGUGGCCCUGCCCUGAGGGGGCUGCCUGGGGGAUGGAUGACAACAAAGGGGUAUGUGACCGUGACAGGUCACAAAGGGCAGCAGAGGAUAAAUAUGGCUGCGCAGGGGUUAGUUAGGCUGAGUUAGUUCUGUCACCAGGUCUGCAGUUCCCAGCCUCUUGGGGAGAUAAAAUUUCAGGGGUGGAGGUGAGGUGGAGGAGUCCACCAUACAUCUCUGCACCCUUGCAGAAUUUCAGUCUGGGGUCCAGGCACCCUACAGCACCCCCUCUGUAAUCCUCUGAGCUCCCACCCUCACUCGUGUCUCUGGGAGGCUCUGAGGCAAAGGGGGGUGGCCCCCGUGGGGUGGGGUGGGGUUGAGACACUGGCCAUAGAGCCACCUGUGUGACACAGGAGCUCGGCUAUAUACCCUCUGCCAGCCAGGCCAAGGGAGAGGAGAUCCAGGGACCCGCCUUGCCCGCACUGCCUCUUGUGAUAGGAGAGAGUCAUGAACCCCGAGUCUCUGCUCCCCUAUCACACAGCCCACAGCCACUCCGCAGUGGGCAUGUUCAACAUGGCCAUGGGGAAACUACAGCGACACCUGCACAAGGGGGAGUAUGACAUCUUCAAGUACGCGCCUAUAUUUGAGAGUGACUUUAUCCAGAUCACCAAAAGGGGAGAAGUGAUCGAUGUGCACAACCGGGUCAGAAUGGUGACCGUGGGCAUCGCGUCCACCAGCCCCAUCCUCCCGCUACCGGACGUCAUGCUGCUGGCCCGACCGGCCACCGGCUGCGAAGAGCAUGGCGGGCGUGGCCAGGCCACCAAGGGAAAAGGCCGCAAGGCUACCAAGACCUUAGAGCUCACCAGGCUCCUUCCCUUGAAGUUCGUGAGGAUCUCCAUUCACCACCGCGAGAAACAACAGCUGCGCCUCAAGUUCGCCACCGGCCGCUCGUGCUACCUGCAGCUGUGCCCUGCUCUGGACACACGGGAAGACCUCUUCACCUACUGGGAAAAGCUUGUGUACCUCCUGCGACCACCAGUGGACAGCAACAGCAGUACCUACGCCCUCCCAGCGGACAUGCUUUGCAUGCCUGUGUUUGAGGAAGAGGACAAGAGGAGCCCAGCAGGGGCGGAUUUCCAAGGAAAGGGCCAUCAGGAUCAGGUCAGCAUUAGGAGCCUCCACGUGGUCUCCGAGGUGGCCGGGGCCACCUCUGCAGCUUUUGCAGGUGGGGAGGGGACCCGUCAGGCCUCCCACAAACCCGAUGCAGCCGCCGCCACCCCAAAACCUGCAGAGCUCCACAGGGAGUCGGCGGCAGAGCCACACGUAGAGCUGGCGGUGGCCGUGGCAGCGCGGGAGGCGGCGGGGGCGGCAGCGGUGGUGACAGGAGGGACGGCCGCGGGGUUCGCAGCAGGGAUCGCAGCGGACACCGCGGCAGGCGCUUUGAGCGUGGCCUUGACCAAGUCAGCCGCCCCGGAUCGGCUAGGCGCGGCCGUAGCAGGUGCAGCCACCGCGGGGCCGGGAGGAAGCAGGACCAACCUAGCCAUUGCGGGCACCGCCAACCUCUCCCCAGAGAGCAGGAAGCUGGCCUUGGCAGGUGCCGCGAAGAUCCCCGGGUUUACUUCCGGCUCGUCGACCAGCCUCUCCCAGCGGGCCCGCAGGACCCCGACCUUCGCAGGGACAGAGGGCGCCCGCAAGACUGUGGCGGGAAACGUGGAGAGAGCGCUCCUCUCCGACGCGCAGAGCGGAGGCGCGGAGGGUGAGCAGGCGGGAAGGCAGCCGCGCCAGGUCCGGAGGGAGCGCAGAGACAAGGAGCGAACCUUUCGGGGCUCCGAUCGCCGCAGGGCAGCCGACACGCGCCACAAGGCCGGGGGGGACAAGACCAACCGGAAAGCCUCCGGGCGGUCCUUAGCCGGCCACAGAGCCGCGAGGGAGGACAAGGACAAGGCCCGCGGCAGCCCGGGGGGCGGGAGGCGAGCCCCCCACAAAGGCAUCGGCCACGCGCCCAUCCCCAAGGAGUCCAGGGCCUCCCACAAAUCGGGGCGGAGCUUAUCCACCGCCAGCUCGGGGUUAGCCACCAAGAGGCUGGGCAGGAUCGGGUUGUUCCUGCGGAACGUCAAAGCCAACCUUACUACCAGGACCACGGGCUCCCUACGCGGCAGAGACGUGGGCGUGCUGCCUAAGGCGGUGGACAGGAGCGGGCUGGAGGCCAUCGAGGCCUCGGAGAACUGCCAGGGCCUGGAGAGCGCGGGGAGAGGGACAUCUGACAUUAUGGAGACCGUGACCUUCGAAGCCCCUUAGUAGGGCUUUCCUCACAGCAGUUUAAAUAAAGAACCAUAUAACCUGA